AUGGGGGCAUCGAGUGACCAAAACCUGAACAAUCCUGGCCAAAUCCUGACUCUCUCUCUCUCCCUCUCUCCUCCAGCUUCUCUCUCUCCUCCAGCCUCUCUCUCUCCUCCAGCCUCUCUGAGUGUCAGUCCUGACAGAUCUCAGUUCUUUGAAUUUGAGUCUGUCUCUCUGAGCUGUGAGGUUCAGGGGAACUCGACUGGAUGGAGAAUGAUGAGGAACGCAGAGAGAGGAAACCUUUCAGAGUGUAGUACUGACUGGGGAAAACAUCAAGGGUCUUCAUGCAUCGUGUCACUAACACCAUCAUCCAGUGGAGUGUACUGGUGUGAGUCUGGGUCUGGAGAACACAGCAAUGCUGUCAACAUCACAGUACAUGUUGGUGCUGUGAUCCUGGAGAUCCCUGCCCUUCCUGUGACUGAGGGAGAUUCUGUGACUCUGCGCUGCAGAUAUCAGGUAACUCCCUCUGACCUCACAGCUGUUUUCUACAAAGAUGGAUCCCUCAUCAGGGCUGAGUCUUCAGGAGAGAUAACCAUCCCUGCAUUAUCCAAGUCAGAUGAAGGACUCUACAAGUGUUCCAGCUCGAAAGGAGAAUCACCAGAGAGCUGGAUGACUGUGACAGCUGAGGGCUCUACCCCAUCCUCCUCCCUCCCCCCUCUCUCCUCCUCCCUCUGUCUGUCUCUGGGUUGGUGGCUGCUCUCUCCAUCUCUCUGAUCAUUCUACUGGUCCUGUUCUGCAAGAGGAACAAAGAUGUAGCAGCUGAACCCAGAGAUGUUACGUAUGCUGACGUGAGAAUCAUACAGGAACCAGAACCCAGGAGAAGGAGAGAGAAGUCUCCAGGAGCAGAUCCAGUCUACUCUGCAGUGAAGACCUCCAACACCACAGUUCCAGGUGGAUCUGGUCCAGGUGAUGUGACCUAUGCUGACAUCAACCACACUGAUAAGAGACAACACAACAGGAGGAGAGAGAACGUUGUUCCAGACCCCGUCUACUCAGCAGUGAAGACAGACAGACAGAGAUACAGGUAGAGCUGUAUCUGGAUCCAGGGAAGUAAUGUACAGACUGAGUGACCCUGUCCAUCAGAACGUCAUGGUGGAUGGAAAGAGAUGCUCUCUUCAGCAGCGGUGAACAACCACAACCCUGUCAGUCCAUCUCUUAACUUCUCCUUUCUCUUAUCUUCUCUCUCCCUCCUUCCCUUUUCACACCAACGGACUUAUCUUUAGACACUGCAGCCUUGACUGUCAUCAACAACAUCAGCAACAGAGAGGUGUGAAGUUUCCACAACAGAGUUAGAGUCAGUUUAUCAUGAGAACAUACAGACACCACUGACUGGAACCAGCUGACAGUAUCAGUUGUAAAGCUUCAUUACUACAAACAGAAGGAAGGUUGUAGUGUUGUGUCCAUGAUGAAUGAUGUAAAGACUUCAUUACUACUAACAGAAGGAAAGUUGUAG